CGCCACUAUUCAGAUCUCAACCGCCCACUCAAAAAUUCUUCGUCAUCUUCUUCGCGAAAAAUUCUCAAAAAUCUGCAAGAACCCUAAGCCUUUAUUUCUCAAAUCUUCACCCAAAUUUCUGAGAAAAUGAAGGUUGUCGGUGCAAAUGUCCACUUUCAGAAGUUAGAAGCCAAGUGCUCAUCUCCAACAUUCUUCCAAAACUAUCUGCAGAUGAUAGCUGCUCAAGAACUCUCCGAAUUUCUUCAAAUGGAGAUUCGCCUCAAAUUCGAGGAAGAUGUUCUUGAAUUCUACAGAAAUGGAGAAAUCAAAUCUGCUCAGUCAAAGAAAAAUCCACAGAGCACAUUUCCAGUCAUCAAGUCCACUGUUGGAGGCUCAAAGGUGAAGCUUUCGCAGAAGAAAUUGGGAAGAAAGCUUCGCCUUCCCAAUUCUGGAGUUGAAGUUGGGAAAUUUCUAGUCAAAAAUCUGAACUGGAACAUCAUUGGAAUUUCUGGGCGAACUCCUUCUGGCCCAGCAAAGAAAGCAGAUCUGAACAACGAUUACAAGUUGAUUUUGGAACUGGUCAUCGCCUGCCUCGAAUGUGGGAGUGGAGGUCAUGCCGAUGACAUCACCCAGGAGAGAGCCUUCAUCAUCAACGCUCUCAUUACCAAAACUAAG